AUGCAACAAUUUCUUCAUCUCGCCAAUCUACACAGAUGUUGCGUUGAGUCAAUCAGUUGCCGAACAAAAAUAAACAUACACACACACAUUCUCUUCCUCUCUUUCACUCACUCUCUCUCUCUCUCACUCUCUCUCUCUCUCUCUCUCUCUCUCUCAUCCUCUCUUUACUUUACACACAAACGCACACAAACACGUACAAUCAUAGAAUUUACCUCGCUGAAACCCCGUUGCACCUGGUCAGCCAAUAAGUUUUCUCACCAAUCAAUGUCACCCCUCUUUACUGUUUACCCUUUGACACUCGACUGCGUCAUCCAAAUUCUUCAACACUUCUCCAGACCUUCCCAAUUUAACCCGCUCCUCCUCGACGCCAUCAAUUUCUUUCACCCUCUCUCGUCCUAUCAUAUCUCAAUCUGUUCUCUUAUUUUUUUAAUUUUCUAUCUAUCUAUCUAUCUAUCUAUCUAUCUAUCUAUCUAUCUAUCUUUAUAUAUUAGACUUUUCAUUAUCUAUCUCAUCUUUUCUUAUCUAUCUCAAUCUUUUAAUCUAUCUAUCUAUCUAUUUAUCUAUCUAUCUAUCUAUCUAUGUCAGUCUUUUCACAUCUAUCUUAAUCACCGCCCCGGCCCAUCUACUAAUCCCCAACUGAACCCCCGAGCGCAGACAUGGUCUUCCCUCUCUACUGCUUGGCUCUGA